AUCAAAGUACAUACUUAAUAUUUGCUGAUCAAUUUUGACAUUUUGUAAUAAAUUUUUAACAGAAACGACAUAAGAAUACAUAUAUAUAUAUAUAUAUACAUAAUGGGUAAUGAAAGCUCGUUGCCUAUGGAACUGUGUUCCAAUUUUGAUGUUGAUGAAAUUAGAAGAUUAGGAAAACGAUUUCGGAAGUUAGAUUUAGAUAAUAGUGGUGCUUUAAGCAUUGAUGAGUUUAUGUCAUUACCAGAAUUACAACAAAAUCCUUUAGUACAACGUGUUAUAGAUAUAUUCGAUGCUGAUGGUAAUGGAGAAGUAGAUUUUAAAGAAUUUAUUCAUGGUGUUUCUCAAUUCAGUGUUAAGGGGGAUAAAGAAAGUAAAUUAAGAUUUGCAUUUAGAAUUUAUGAUAUGGAUAAUGAUGGUUUUAUAAGCAAUGGAGAAUUAUUUCAAGUACUAAAAAUGAUGGUUGGUAAUAACUUGAAGGAUACACAGUUACAACAAAUUGUUGAUAAAACAAUAUUAUUUGCCGAUAAAGAUGAAGAUGGUAAAAUUAGUUUUGAAGAAUUUUGUUCUGUUGUUGGUAAUACAGAUAUUCAUAAGAAAAUGGUGGUUGAUGUUUAAAUUAUCAAAUUUAUGAGAAUAAUAAUAUUA